AUGGAUGUAAAGAGUCCACUGGUCGCCUUCGCAUCGUUCUACAGAACGAUGGUGGUUAGGCACCCUCACGGAGACUCCGGCGCGGCAAACGGUACGUCGCCGGCAUGGGUUGAUGCUUUCAGCAUCACCGCCGGCUAUGCCGCCGGCGAGGUCACGAUCUCUAUUAGGAGUAGCUACAAUAUUGUAUUUAUCCUUAAGAACGGUACAGAGAAAGAGGACAUCAUUAUAGCUGAAAUUGUGGCAAUAUCCUCUAUCAGAGAGAAAACGCCAGAACAUCAUAAGAUACUCAACAUUGGAACUCUCCUGCUGGAAAGUUAUACGAACCCCAUUUCCAUGCCUCUCUGCAUGAGAAUCUCCUAG